UUCACAAAAAAGAUUUCCAAGGAAUGUGCUGUUGGUUUGUGAUUGGAUGUUAGGUGUCUCUGUAUCAUUUAUGGCAUCUAUUUGUCUAAAAUGCUUUACUAUGGUAAAAUUCUAUAAUGAUUCUCUUCACUCUAACACAUCAUAACAUUCCUCCCAAAUGCAUGUAAAUGUUUAAUUUCCUUUUUAAUAUCAAGCUACUGAGACAACUGCUUCCAUGGGUGAUGUGGGAUAUUUGAAGUAAUACCCAAAUCAAGGUGCUAUUGUACAUAUUUCUUUUUGCUUUACCAUCAAUAACUUUACUCUGACGUUGGAAGAAGUCUACGUUGUAUCCUCAUAUUCUCCCUGGCUGGGGGUCUCUUCCUGAUGAGGACAGUCAGUUAUAUGCAGCUCUGGGACCCUUUUUAUUCAUCUUGCGCAGCCAUGCCUUCCCCUACAGAUUCCAGCUUCUCUCUCACUGGCCGAAGCUCACGAAGCAUGUCCCAGAUUAGGCUACACCGGACGUGGUCACAUGUCUUACUGGCCCUAGGAUUUGUGCAGGUUACUCUGGGGGUCCUCAUUGUCACCUUCAGCCUUGUGGCAGCAACCAUCACCCCCUCAAUGAAGAUCAAGCAUUCUUGUCCUUCAUGGGCUGGAUUUUCUUUAGCUGUUUCAGGUCUGAUUGGUUGUGUCUCCUGGAAACGACCGUUUACAUUGAUGAUCACAUUGUUCACCUUGCUGACGGCACUAUGUGUGAUGCUGAGUCUUGCAGGCUCUAUCUUGUCCUGUCAGAAUGCACAGCUGGUGAAAUCCUUUGAUGCCUGUCAAAGAGAGAAAAACUGGUGUGUUUGCUGUCACGUGUUGCCUGAGGAUAAUAUCCCACCCUUGUGUAAUAAAGAUGUAGAGAUCCUGACCAUGUAUCCGAAUUCUGACUGCAGAAGCAUCCGUACAGCUCUAAAGGACCUGUUGUUCAGUGUUUGUGGCCUCACCAUCCUCUCCACCAUUAUCUGCACAUUGUCUGCUGUCAUCUGCUGCAUUCAGAUCUUCUCAUUGGAUGUGAUUCAUGUUUUGGCACCACAGAGAUCCACCUCAGUUAACCUAGAGUGCCUAUCUCCCCAGGAUACCAUCCUGCAGAGUAUGAUAGAGUGUGAGGAGUUCAUUCCUCCAGUUCCUCCACCUCCUUACUAUCCACCAGAGUAUACUUGCAGUUCUGAGACUGAUGCCCAGAGCAUUACUUACAAUGGAUCUAUGGACAGCCCUAUUCCUCUGUACCCGACAGACUUCCCACCAUCUUAUGAAAGUGUUAUGGGCAUCAGAGAAGACAGUCAGGCCACCCUGUUUGAAGCUCAAGUUAACGAGGUCUCCUGUUUCAGUGCAUCGGAGAGAAUUGAUUCCACUGGACAAAGUGCAAUUGAUGAUAGCAGCCCUUCUGAAGACUCAGUCCUACUGGAGAUGCAAGGAUCUGUCCGUUCAGUGGAUUACGUCCUGUACCGAUCUAUCCAGCGCAGCCGAGCCGAUUAUUGCCUUAGUGUAGACUGUGCACAGUGUGGGCAUCAUCAGGAAAGCCCCACACUUAGCCUGCAAGGGCCAUUUGAAGAAAUUUCUGUGCCUCGUCCCAAAGGAGAGCGUUCUUUUUCUUGCUCUACCCCAAGUAACUGUUAUGACCCUCUGACUCAGGUGGGGGCUGCUGUAUCCCGUAGCUGUAACAGGCUGGAAAAAAUUGGUCACUCUGUAGGUCCCUGCUUCCCAGAAGUAAGACUAAAAGGAAAGGUACCGGGGAGAGCUGCAAGGAACAGAGGUUCUGGAUGCUCCAUACAUCACAGUUCUCCGUGCCAGAACCUAGAUUGUCCCCAUCGGAGGUACAGCGAGAAUACACGUCCUGCAGCAUUGUGUGAAGAGGUCUUACCCCGCAUAAUAAUCCGUUCACACAGUGAUCCUGGAAUCUGCUUCUUACAUACAGAUCUUCAUAAUGAUGAUUACACCAAAGGUCUGGGAGACGAUGUGUCCCUCUCCUCCAUUGAUACAGCUGUUUACGCGGCGGCUUCUCUGUAUAGACGCUCUACCAUGGACUCUCCUCCACUACACCGCACAAGCUCUGCAGGGAAAAGCAGGUUUAAUGCAACCCGGAGAGCAGUGCAAAGACUUUCAAAGAGUGGGGCCCUAUCUCUGGGUGAUCUGAAGUCUGGACGCAGCACCAGAGUACUAGUGUCUAGGUUCCUAAAUAGAUCACGAAGGAGCAUGAAAGAGGGAACAGAAAAUGGCAAGCAGGUACUUAAGAGUCCAUUGCCCUUUGAACAUGAAAGACACCAAGAAUCAAUGAUCUUACAAAGCUGUGGAGAUCUCAGCUCUACGUCAUCUCUCCGUCGUCUGCUUUCCACUGGGCGGCAUCAGCGCAGACGUCCUCGAAGCCUGAAUAGUGCUUACAAAGAGAGCACUGUGUGAAGAAGUGACUAUCUAGAAACAGAAUACUCGCACAGUCAGCAAAUACAAUAAUUGGUGUCAAGGUCUACACAUCAGGGCAUGAAAACACAACUGUGUGAAGCUGCUGUAAUCUUGCAUAUUGUGUUUGACCAGAUACAACCAUACUACUGUAAGGUGCCCUACCAAUGUGAACAUUGACCCAACUGAGUGUAAGCAUUGGUACAACAUGGGGUGAAUUUGUAAAUAGCUCACAGGACUGUGUUGGCCAAGGUGCGCUUUAACCUAUUGUGAGACGACAAUCAUAAAAACUUUGCACAACAAUUUGCUGUCCACUCUGGGCAUUAGCACAACACAAUACUAUCUUGUGAACACCACAUUGAAUUGUAAUGACCAGUCUGAUCUUGGGCACAACAUGAGAUAUACUCCACGCAGUACAGAGUUGGUCACUCCGAGUAUUAGCACAAAUUUGUAAGCUUCAUACAGAUUUCUAAGCCAAAAUCUUUCUCUGAGACCCGUAGUUUGAUUAAUUUGCAAAUUACAAUCAGCAGUCUGCUGGAGAGUUACUGAGCCACAAAACUUCAUAUGCAUCUGUAUACUAUUCUCUUGUCACAGGCAGUUUUUCUAGCCAUGUAUCUGUUUGAGAACAGACAAUACAUGCCCAGAAUGUUUGCACAGCAAAAAGAAAGUUAUAGAAAUAAGAAAAUAAGGCAUCCUUAAAGGGGCUCCCAAAUAUACGUUAGAUUCCUUAUAAAGAACAUUAAAACCACCUAUAAAAUGUUCUAGCUAUUUUAUUCUACAAUGACUAUUGUUUAGUUAUUUAGCUCUGCUUCUAUAUAACCCUGUUAGUGAUUGCCAUUGUAAGCCAAUUUAUAAUCCAGUGCAAAAUGCAUGAUCAUUUUUAUAUA